CCCGCAUGCCUGCAGUCAAGACUGUCACUCCAUUCACCGCCCAACUCGUCCGAUUCGAAACUUCCCUUGCUCCUGGAGAGGUCGUUUCACGUCUCGACGGUCGAAUUAACAGAUCAGAGAGCAAGGACCUCAUUCCCACGAUAGCAACCGCGGGUACAAGAAAGGAGCUGGAGGAAGGGAUCAGGCGAAUAUCUGGAGGAAAUGAUUUUGUGUAUUUCCUGUCGAUGAGGCAUGAUAACUGGUUAAAGUUGUACGACGACAAGGUCCCAUUCGUGGCGGUUUACACGAUCGGCAACCCUCAGAUUGCGCAAACAAUCAUGAAGCACGACCUGCGUGCUUCGUAUAACGUUCCUCCUCGUCUACUCGUUCUCGAGAAGGAAGAUCGUACAGGAACCUAUAUUCUUUAUCACCUACCAUCUUCGGUCAUGGCUUUGGAAAGUGAUAAUACUGAACUUGGAGAGGCUGCUCGCGGCUUGGAUGAAAAGCUGGAACGUCUUGUUCUCGAAGUGACGGAGGACUCGGAUAAAGCAGCGCUGUAGCAUAAACCGAC